UAAUUUGAACCUACACUUGAAAAUAGUAAAACAAACACGAUAGUUUAACCAUCUGGCAAGGCUUGUGCAACACUUUCCAACACUUAAGGCGCAUAAUGUUUGGGCUGCUGCGUUCGCAACUCCUGUAUAAUGUGAGCAUAUUAAAACGAAGAAUGGCCUACUAUGCAGUUGCAAAGGGACGACAGGUUGGCAUUUAUGAUAACUGGGCGCAAUGUCAGCAGCAGGUAAACGGCUUCAAGGGAGCCAUUUACAAGAAGUUCAACACGCGCCAAGAGGCGGAGCAAUUUAUAAAUCCAGCUGGCGCCACAGCCAAUUACGCACCAGAUGAAGUGGCUGUGGCUCUCGGACAAAGGCAGCCGCCGCCAGCCAGUUGGGCACCUCGUCAGGAGUAUGAGCAGAAGCGGCAUGAAGCAAAGCCCAAAGAUUUUUGGCCGGAAGAUGUUGUCGAAUCACAAGAGGUCACGGACGAAGAUCUGGAAGGAGUCAUGCAUGAGGUGGAGGGAUUUCCUACACAGUCGAGCAGUCGCAAACGCAAGGUACAAAGUAAUAAUUCUGGUACUUACAAAAUUCCGAGGCACAUGUCCAAUGCGGACGAACCUGUUGCACUCAAACAGAUCGGAGCAUUUGAGUUUACAUUGAAUGCCGAAGGCUAUGUGAUUGUAUAUACGGACGGAUCAUGCCUCGGCAAUGGACGAAAGGAUGCAUGCGCCGGCUUCGGCGUCUAUUUUGGCGACAAUCAUCAAUUAAACGCUGCGAAACCCGUGCUGGGUCGGGUGACCAACAAUGUGGGCGAGAUACAGGCUGCCAUAUAUGCAAUUAAAACAGCAUUGGAUUUGGGCAUUAAAAAGCUCAGCAUCAACACAGAUUCGCAGUUUUUGAUCAAUUCAAUAACGAAAUGGGUGCCAGGCUGGAAGAAGCGCGGUUGGUGUUUACCCAAUAUGGAACCUGUUAAGAAUGUGGUUGAUUUCAAAGAAUUGGAUGAGCUGCUGCAAAGCAAGGAAAUUAAAGUAAAUUGGAACUACGUCGAGGCGCAUAAAGGCAUUAAGGGCAAUGAAAUGGCCGAUAAACUGGCACGACAGGGCUCGCAGUUAUACAAAGAAUUAAAUUGCAAAAAUUAAAAGACUAUAAAGAAUUGAAUUAGAUUUAAAAUUAAGUUAAUCUAC